AAGAUGCUUUCAGAUCUCAUGAACCUGCGAUAGCACAGCAUGAAUGAACCUUCUUUUAUUCUCUCUUUUUAGGGAGAAGAAAAGAAGGAAAGUAGUGGAGCUGGCUCAGAAGUUAGCGAUGAAUUGGUAGAGCUGGAAGGUUUGAGGUUAUCGGACAGGAGGAAGGUUAACGUCAGCUAGCCGAAGAAGCUAAUAUUAGUCGAUGGUGGUUGAUGGAGGCAGUGGACGUACCUGUGAGUGGGACGGGCGAUGGAACCAUGUCAAAAAGUUUCUGGAGAGAUCUGGGCCCUUCACGCAUCCUGACUUUGAACCCAGCACAAAUUCAUUGCAGUUUUUGUUAGAAACCUGCAAAAUCCUGGUCAUCGGUGCUGGUGGUCUGGGAUGUGAACUGCUGAAAGACCUGGCUUUGUCAGGCUUCCGUGACAUUCAUGUUGUCGACAUGGACACGAUUGAUAUUUCAAACUUGAAUCGACAGUUCCUCUUCAGGCGGAAAGACGUAGGUCGAUCCAAGGCGGACGUUGCAGCUGAUUUUAUCAACAGCCGCAUACCUGGAUGCUGUGUAGUCCCACAUUUUAAGAAAAUUCAAGACUUAGAUGAAACAUUCUACAGACAGUUCCAUAUAAUUGUCUGUGGACUAGACUCUAUAAUUGCCAGAAGGUGGAUGAAUGGUAUGCUGCUGUCCUUGCUGGUGUAUGAGGAUGGUGUCUUGGACCCAAAUUCCAUCAUUCCUUUAAUUGAUGGUGGGACUGAAGGUUUUAAAGGAAACGCAAGAGUCAUACUCCCUGGCAUGACUGCCUGUAUCGACUGUACCCUAGAGCUGUACCCUCCUCAGGUCAACUUCCCCAUGUGUACAAUAGCCUCCAUGCCUCGUUUGCCAGAACAUUGCAUUGAGUAUGUCCGGAUGCUGCUGUGGCCCAAAGAGACGCCCUUUGGAGAUGGUGUGGUACUGGAUGGGGAUGACCCAACGCACAUCCAGUGGGUGUACCAGAGAUCUCUGGAGAGGGCAGCAGAGUUCAACAUAACAGGAGUCACAUACCGACUAACCCAGGGUGUUGUUAAGAGGAUAAUUCCAGCUGUAGCGUCUACAAAUGCUGUCAUAGCUGCUGCUUGCGCAACAGAGGUUUUCAAAAUAGCAUCAAGUGCCUACAUACCGCUCAAUAACUAUAUGGUGUUCAAUGAUGUUGAGGGCCUGUACACCUAUACUUUUGAAGCAGAACGGAAGGAAAACUGUUCAGCCUGCAGCCAAAUACCUCUGGACUUGAACUUUUCUCCAUCUUCUAAACUUCAGGAGUUGUUGGACUACCUGACUGAGAGUGCCUCUCUACAAAUGAAAUCACCUGCUAUAACAGCAACAGUGGAAGGAAAGAACAAAACAUUAUAUUUACAGUCUGUCGCUUCAAUUGAACAGAGGACACGGCCAAAUCUGUCCAAAACACUGAAGGAGCUGGGACUGGCUGACGGGCAAGAGCUGGCAGUAGCUGAUGUCACCACACCCCAGACCAUGUUGUUUAGACUCUGCUUUACCUCAUAGGAUGAACUCAAGCACUCCCACAACCAGCUGAUGUCGUUCUCGUUUCUUGGCCAACCAUAACUUGAUGCAGAUGCGGAAUAUAUUUAAAAUGGCAACAGUUUACAGUGUAUUCGGUCACAGUCUAAAUGAUUGUAGCUAAUUUGUAGCUCUAGUUAAUGUACUUAUUGACUAAAGUUAAUGUUUUGCACUGAAAAACCAAAUCAUAGUUCAAAACCAUGUUUAAAGUCAUGUUUUGAUGAUAUGUUGUCUGCAAAUGUUAAAAAGAUUUCUGCAUUAAUGUGUUAUCUGCACCACAACCUAAAGAAGUGUGCUCUGUGCAAACAAAUAGACAAGCGGUGGUUAGUUUGGAAAAAGAUUAUUCUGUACUUUGUUCUGGUUUUGAAUAUUUUGAAUAUUUAUUUAUUCUAAUGCAGUUUUUUUUUAGUUGCAGUAACCACUAAAGUGGUAAUGGGCAGACACUGAUAAUGAUGUGUGAACUGGAAUAAAAUGUUUUUUCUUAUAAA